GCAAAGAAAGAGAAAAAGAGCUUAUCCAUUACACCAUUAUAAAAAUGGAGAAAAAUGGAGCGUUGGAGCAUAUGUAGAAUAGAUUGCAGAGUAGAAAGAAAAAACACAAACACCUUAACAUGGCGUCCAGGAAAAUCUUCCAUGCAAACCAAAUAGCUUCCGAUGAUGUCUUCGAGUUCGAUGAGGCGGAUGUUUGGAAUAUUCCCAAUCAUGUUUCACCAUUGGAGACCAAGAAAACGUUGCCGAGUAUCUGGCGACAGCCUAAGAUCAAAGUGAUCCCUACUAGGAAGAUACACAACGUCGUCGGAGACAGGAUCACGACCCCGGUGGCAGCGGCUUCACUGCCGGUGAACAUACCGGACUGGUCGAAGAUUCUCAAAGAGGAUUACAAGGAGCAUCGGGCAAGAGAGAGCGAUGAAGAUCAUGCCCAUGAUGCUGACGAUGAAGAUGAUCAUGACAACAGGCUUCCUCCUCAUGAGUAUUUGGCCAGGACUCGAGGCGCUUCCUUUUCUGUUCAUGAAGGGAUAGGGAGGACUUUGAAAGGGAGGGACUUGCGGCAGGUGAGAAAUGCAAUUUGGAAGAAAGUUGGGUUUGAAGAUUGAUUAGCAGAGAGUCUAGAGAGAUGAGUUAAAAGGAGAUAAUUAGAAUUAUUGGGUUGUUUUUUAAGACCAAAUUGAUCACUCACGACUGUUUUUCUCUGCAGGAUCUUCAUCUUUUUUUAAUUUAUUUAUGGAUUUUGGGUGUCUGAGUUUUACAAACAGGAUCACUCAUGAUUGUAAUCCUUAUUAACUUUGUGGUUGUAGCUAAAAUCUCAGUGAUCUUUGUUCU